AUGCCGCUCAACCCGCUGCAGCUCCGCGGGCGCGAGGCGGUGCCGUCGCUCAACUUGUCGGGGAAGGACCUCGGACCCGGAUCGGCUGCGGUCGUCGCGGCGGGGGUUUCGGUCAACGGGGUAGUGACCGACCUCAACAUUGGCGGCAACGAGAUCAGCGACGAGGGCGCCACUGCGAUCGCCGAGGCGCUGCGCGGCAACGGGGUAUUGACCUCCUUGGACGUGGGCGGCAACAGCCUCACCGAGGAGGCGGCCCUCGGCAUCGUGCGCGUCGAGCGGCAGCGCAACAAACUCACCUCGCUGGGCUUGGGUCGCUGCGGCAUCGGCCCGACUGGCGCCGCAGAGAUCGCCGAGUACGUGUCGGUCAACGAGGUGCUGACCGACUUGAACCUCUACAACAACAAGAUCGGCGACGAGGGCGCCAAGGAGCUAGCAGCCGCACUUCGCGUCAACGGGGUGCUGACCAACCUCUCGCUCUUUGGGAACGGUAUUGGCGACGAGGGCGCAAAGGCGAUCGGCGGCGCUCUUCGCGUCAACGGGGUGUUGACCAACUUAGACCUCACCGACUGCGGGAUUGGCGUCGAGGGUGCCAAGGCGAUCGGCAGUGCUCUCGCGAUUAACGGGGUGCUGACCGACUUGAACCUCUGGGACAACAAGAUCGGCCCCGAGGGUGCCAAGGCGCUAGCAUCCGCUCUUCGCGUCAACGGGGUGCUGAAAGCCCUCGACAUCGGGACCAACAGCAUCGGCGUCGAGGGCGCCAAGGCGAUCGCCGAGGCGCUUCAGGGCAACGGGGUGCUGACGUCCUUGAACGUGAGCAGCAACAAGAUCGGGCCAACCGGCGCGACCGCGAUCGCCGAGGCGCUGCGCGUCAACGGGGUGCUGACCACCCUCGUGCUCUGGGGAAACAACAUCGGCGACAAGGGCGCCAAGGCGCUGGCCUCCGCUCUGCGCGUCAACGGGGUCCUGACCAACCUCGUGCUCGUGAACAACAACAUCGGCGACGAGGGCGCCGCUGCGCUGGCCUCCGCUCUGCGCGUCAACGGGGAGCUGAAAAGGAUCGACCUCCGCUUAAACGAUUUGGGCGACGAAGGGAAGGGAGCGAUUCGAGAUGCGGUGAGCGGGCGGGUAGGGUUCGAGCUCGAGAUGUGA